GUGGGCAUCCCUCUUAUACUCUCACAGCGAACAGCUCACGCUCAUUCUCCCAGCUACCCAGCUACCCAGCACACAACACUCAUUCACCAUGUCCCUCGACCCCCGCAUCCUCCACUACUUCCCUCGUGGAACGUGGUCCAUGAUCGAGCCCCACUUCUCGGAGCACGGCAAGAAGAUCCUCUCGACUGUCAUCACUUUCGUUGAGGACUACUGCAUGCCCGCGGAGAAGGUCUUCUACCAGCAGAUCUCGGACGACCCCAAGCUCCGCUGGGCCUCGUACCCUCCCAUCAUGGAGGACCUCAAGGCCAAGGCGCGCGACCUCGGCCUCUGGAACCUCUGGCUCUCGGGCGGCGAGUUCCAGCACCUCGCCAAGGGCUCGGGCGGCGGCCUCUCCAACCUCGAGUACGGCGUCAUCGCCGAGAUCACGGGCUACGCGUCCCACACCGCUCCCGAGGCCAUGAACUGCUCGGCCCCCGACACCGGCAACAUGGAGGUCAUUGCGCGCUUUGGCUCGGACGCCCAGAAGGAGAAGUACCUCAUCCCCCUUGUCAACGGCAAGAUCCGCUCGGCCUUCAGCAUGACCGAGUACGGCGUCGCGUCGUCGGACGCCUCCAACCUCCGCAACACCACUGCCGUCAUGAAGAACGGCAAGCUCGUCCUUAACGGCCACAAGUGGUGGAUCUCGGGCGCCGGCGACCCCCGCUGCAACGUCCACAUCGUCGUCGCCGUCACCGACCCCGGAAACGCGUCCAAGCACCGCAAGCACACCCUCCUCCUCGUCGACCCCAAGGCGCCUGGCGUCGAGAUCGUCCGUGCCAUGUCCGUCUUCGGCUACGACGACGCCCCCGAGGGCCACUGCGAGGUCAUCUACAACAACGUCGAGCUGGACCCCAAGACCGCCAUCGUCGGCGGUGUCGAGUCCAACCUCGGCCGCGGCUUCGAGAUGCUCCAGGCCCGUCUCGGCCCCGGCCGCAUCCACCACUGCAUGCGCUCCAUCGGUGUCGCUAACCGCGCCCUCGACCUCAUGGAGAUCCGCGUCUCCAACCCCGCCCGCAAGACCUUUGGCAAGCAGCUCAACGAGCACGGCACCGUCCUCGCCGACAUUGCCAAGUCGCGCGCCGAGAUCGAGGCCGCCCGUUUCCUCGUCGUCGCCGCCGCCCGCCAGAUCGACCUCCACAAGGCCAAGGGCGCCCUCAAGGACAUUGGUAUUGCCAAGUUCUCCGUCCCCUCCAUGGCCCUCCAGGUCAUCGACCGCGCCAUGCAGGUUCACGGCGCCGAGGGUAUCUCGCAGGACCAGCCCCUUGCUUCCAUGUACGCCCACGCCCGUACCCUCCGCUACGCCGACGGCCCCGACGAGGUCCACAUCCAGCAGGUCGCCAAGGUCGAGCUCCGCGACCGUCUCCCCUACAUCACCGAGCGCGCUGCCCGCAUCCACCAGAACGAGAUCAAGAUGGGCGCCAAGGUCCGCAAGGAGGCUAAGCUCUAAGCGACGUCAGGCAUGUAGCGGGUGUCAGUAGGAAGAUAAAAAAACAACGAUAUGCAGGUUACUUUGGCU